ACCAGAACGUUCUAGUUCCCGAUAAAUCGCUCCGUCGCUUCUCCUCCGAUCGAGCCGCCUCCGUCAGACCGGAGGUGGGGAGGGUUUGGAUCGAUACCGUCCGGAGAGCUUCGCCGUGGAAGACGACGGCGAUCUCCUCUAAAGGUUGUUUCAACAUGAUUACAACCGGAAAAACUACCACUGUUUCUCUGCACCCAAACAGAAAAGCUGCCCCUUCCUGUGCGAAACCCUAUUCUUCUUUCAAACUUGUCCAUUGCAUCAGUCUUCCUGCAAUUAGAUCUCCUAAAAUUACGAGCAAACGUAGUCAUUUUCUCUGUGGGCGAGAUGGCGAUGCGGCAUCGGAGAAGGUGCCUCUAUUGGCCGUAAGUGACAGGAGGAGGACCAGAAACAGAGUGAUUUCCUGCAGAGCAUCAAAGAUUCCUACUCUCUUCAUUUAUCCUCCCAUGACCAGUAAACCCAAAUGGUGGUGGAGGUCCUUCGCCUGCACUCCUUAUCUCCUCCCUCUCCACUUGAUGUGGUUCCACGCCGACUCGGCCUACCGCCUCCACCCUCUCAUGGAGAACUGGGAGUUCCUCGUCAACCCCUUCCUCGACACGAUCUCGCUGAUGCCCAAUUGGAUCAUGAUGUCGCUCAUGUUCGCGGCGUACUACCUCGUGGUGAGGCGGAAGGAGUGGCCGCACUUCUUGCGGUUUCACGUCAUCAUGGCCAUGCUGCUGGAGAACGGAUACCAAGCGCUGGCGAUCGCCUGCGGCUGGCUUCCGAAGACUCUCUACCGCGGCAGGCUCGGCGCGACCUUCUGGCUCGCCGUCGCGGUCGCGCAGUUGCUCACGGUGGCGGAAUGCAUGAGAGCCGCGCUCAGCGGCAAGUACGCAGAUGUUCCCUUAGCGUCUGAUGCUGCAUAUAUUCAUUCCGAUCUAGAUUUGUUCUAGAGAAAUAAUCAAGAUGGGAAGAUUAAAAUUUUCAUUUAACACAUCCAUCGAGAUUAAUUAGGCUAAAAUAUGAUGCUUUGGAUAAAUGAAGCGAGAUCAAAUAUUAU